CAGAGGAAGGAGAUAGCUGAGGUGAAGUCCCGUGACCCGUCCAGAAGGUCACACUCCAGGUCACCCUCCAGUAUGCAGGAUUCCAGCUUCUUCCAGUACCAUACGCGUCCUGGAAUAUGGGAAUUGAGUGUUGUGAGAGUGACUGGAGGUGCAACACACGACUCUACCCUCCUCGUGAAAUACUAGAAACACAUUGCAAUAUUACUCUUCCUCCUCCUCCUCCUCCUCUUCCCCUAUCCUCUUUUUCCUCUCCCUCUUACCCUCACUUAGUUUCCUGAUUUUCCUACUUAUUCGUUUUUUUUUCUCUGUAUUUCUGUUUUGUGGUGUGUGUGUGUGUGUGUGUGUGUGUGUGUGUGUGUGUGUGUUGGGUUUGUGUUGGCAGGGUUUGUUGUUUUGUCUUUGUUUUUCUUCUUGAUUCGUUGUUUUUUUCAUUGUUUUCCUAUUCUUGUUUUAUUAUUUUUUCAUUCAUUUCUUUUUCUUCCUUCUUAUUCCUGUUUUUCGUCGUCAUUUCCACACAUCUUUCUCCUCUUCCUCCUCUUCCCUCUUCUUCUUCCUCCUCUUCUUCCUUCUCCUUUUUCUUCUCCUUCGUCCCUUCUGGAGGAAAAAAAAAUAUUGGUAUCUGUCUACAAAUCAGGUGUAUAUAGAGACACUAGCGAGGAAGAUGAGCCACAGAAGGAACAGAUAACCAAAGAAAAAGCAGAAAUAAUGUGAAGAAGAAGCAGGAACGUCAACAACACCCUAGCCACUGAGCCUUCACGCGGAGCCAUCGACAAGGAGAAACUCGUUAUGGGGGACUCACGUAAUUGACCAUUUUCGAGGUGGAGGAGGUGGAGGAGGGAGUGGAGGAAUGGAGUAGUAGUUCCCUCCACCUUCACAUUCACGCUGAGCUAAAGAGGAGGAAGAACGAAGCCAUAGGAGAGAAAGUAGAAGCGUUUGAAGUAUCGAGAAGGGUUAGCAUGUCGGGUGUUCCAAGAUGGCGACGGAAUGGGAACAAUUAAGAGAGGAACUUUUGACGCCGAACACCUUGCGGCUACAGCGGCUGUCCGGCGUUGUGAACCUGAUGGACUCGCUCUCUGAAUCGCUGUUGCAGAGUUCGGGGGGACUAACCUGCCCCUCUUGUAAAGUGACGGUGGAAGGCGGGGGCGGUGCGGGUGGCGGCAGGCUCCGUCAGAUGUGUCCUUAUUGCGGGAGCUUCUACAAUAACGGAGCCAACACGGACGUCAGGCUGAGGAGGGGCCGGGAGAUACGAGUGGAGCUGCCGCAUAUAGACGUGGAUAGCCGUUCGCGUAUUGGCAGCUUCGGGAACUACAUGCUGGGGCGUCUGGGUGGCUUCCUAUUCAAUGACCCCCCCUCACAACCCACCACCACCAUCACCACCGUCACCACCACCAACGACAACAACAACAAUGAGGAUGAAAAUGAAAACAACAACAACAGCUACAGCGUCACAACUCCCACUACCCCUCCCACUAUCACUACUACUAUCAGCCUCAGCCCUGGUAGUAGUGGUAGUAGUAGUAGUAGUAGUAGUAGUAGUAGUAGUAGUUGCGAGGAAGGGAGGCUGGGGUUGCUGUCGAGGAUUGAUGGAUCGCACUACAGGCUCGGUUCGGGAAGCUCGCUACCCCCUAUACGGCAGCAGGACAUCCAGAAUCGCCGCAAUAGCCUGGUGGUGGUGCCUCAGCGUGGGUCAGCGACGGGGGUGCGGCGCGGGGCCCUGAGGUCAGCACGCAGCGAGGAGAGACUCAGCACUCGGAACAAUGAUAGCCCCCUCACCACCAGCCAGCGCCCUGUGUACCCCGCCAGGACCACACGGCGCGAGGAAUUCAUGCAGGAGGUGAGGAGGACGAAGGAGACCAAGCAGUACGGGGAGAUGAAGAAAUUCUACUUUGACACCUUCGAGUCCUACGCCAGUAUUUGUGCCACGUUCAAGCGCGACCCAGAUCAGGACGGAGCGAGGGCAGACGAUCCUGGACUUAAAAUGGAACUUGUAUAUACCGUUCAUGAUGCUGUUAGAGAAAUGCCAUCCGUCGUCCACAAACACUUCCUCAAGGCUGUCAUCAACUCCCUCCUGCAAGAACGGCCGCACCUCUUCAGCAAGGACCGGGUGAGGGCGCUCUUCGUCAUCCUCCAGACCCCAGUGUUCCUCACCCAGUCGUCGUAUACUGUUCUCGCUCACGUCCUCAGGAAUAUCACGUCUCUCAGCAACGGGGACCACCAGCUGCUUGUGUCCUGGUUCAGAGUGCUGGAGGUGUCGCGGCUGAGGAUGUUGGUUGGAAUCAUCAUCCAAUUCAUAACCGUCCGCCAGUUCCCGCCCCCCGACCGCUCCCUCCCGCCCCUCAGCAAGAGCAAGUGGUGGAUCCCGACGGCCACGAGGGUGCUGGCUAUCUUGUACGCCAGCAACAGUUCCGGCCAGCCUCCUCUCCUCCACUACACCGAGUUCUACAACCAUGCGCUGGACCAUGUGGACUUGAUGGGGGAGUACAAGGUGUGGCAGGUCCCCGACAGGCCAGACUCCUUCUCCUACUGCCAGUACCCUUUCAUCCUCUCCAUCGUGGCCAAGAGGCAUAUACUGACCAAGGACGCCGAGCAGCAGAUGAUCCUGACGGCCCGGCGUUCGCUAGUGGCCAAGGUGGCGCGUCAUCAACCUCCACAAAUCGACAUCUUCUUCCUCAACAUUAACAUUCGACGGAACUACCUGGUGGAGGACUCGCUCAAGGAGAUCGCCACCAAGAAGCGAGACCUGAAGAAGAAGCUGAAGGUGACAUUCGAGGGAGAGCCGGGCCUCGACAUGGGCGGCUUGACCAAGGAGUGGUUCAUGUUACUCAUCAAGCAGAUAUUCAAGCAGCCAGAGAAUAAGAUGUUUGUAUACCACCCCAGCAAGCGACUCUACUGGUUCUCAAUGAGUCAGGAAGGGAACUUGAGGGAAUACAACUUGAUAGGCGUGCUGAUGGGCCUGGCCGUGUACAACUCAAUCAUCCUGGACAUUCACUUCCCUGCGAUUUGCUACAGGAAGCUACUCAGUCCCCCCGUGGUCCCGGCGUACGAACACGUGGCGGUGGGCGUGGCAAAGACUCCCUCACUGACCGACUUCGGGGAGAUAAUGCCGGAGGUAGCACACGGCCUCCAGGAGCUGCUUAAGUACGAGGGGGACGUUGAGGAGGAUAUGUGCCUGACUUUCCAGGUGUCGCUCGAGGAGUUCGGUCUUCCGCGCACCUUCAACCUCAAGGAGCAGGGGGAGGCUCUACCUGUGACUAACGAGAACAGGGAGGAGUUCGUCACGCUCUACCUGGACUGGAUUCUCAACACCGCUAUCUAUGAGCAGUUUCGGGCGUUUUAUCUCGGCUUCCAUACUGUCUGUGCCUCCAACGCCCUCAUCAUGCUGCGGCCGGAGGAGGUUGAGAUGCUGGUGUGUGGGUCUCCGCGCCUGGACCUUAAUGAACUGCGGAAGGUGGCGGAUUAUGAUGGUUACACGCCCGAGCACCCCACCAUAAAGUGGUUCUGGGAGGUGGUCAGCGAGAUGCCAGUGGGUCAACAGAAGCUCUUCCUACUCUUCACCACGGGCAGCGACAGGAUACCAGUGGGCGGCAUGGGGGAGAUGGUCUUCAAGAUAUCAUGCUGGAAGGGACACACUCACAUGCUUCCCCAAGCCCAUACUUGCUUCAAUCAGCUGGUCCUCCCGCCCUAUGGAUCUAAGGAAGCACUCAAGAACAAGCUGCAUAUUGCCCUGGCUUAUGCGGAAGGGUUUGGCUUGGAGUAGAGGGAGUAGAGAUGGAAAGAGAAGAAGAGGUAGAGAAAGGGGUUGAGAGAGAGAGAGAGAAAGGAAAAUAGGCUCUCAAAAACAAGCUGUAUAUUGCCCUGGCCUAUGUGGAAGGGUUUGGAAUGGAGUAGAGGGAGAGAGGGAGGAUGGAGGGUGAGUAGAGAUGGAUAGAAAAGAAGAGGUAGAGAAAGGAGUUGAGAGAGAAAGAGGAAAAUAGGAAAACAAGUAAUCAAGAACAAGCUGUAUGUUGCCCUGGCUUAUGCGGAAGGGUUCAGAUUGGAGUAGAGGAAAGAAGGGGAAAGAACGAUAGAGGUAAAGAGAGGGAGGGAGAGAGGGGAAAGGAAACUGGAGGGAGAGAGACAGUGGGGAGGGAGAGAGAGGGAGAGAGGGCCAGGUAGAGAGAGAAGGAGAGGUAGAGAAAGGGGUUGAGAAGAGGGAAGGAGGGAAAAAGAGAGGAAGAAUAGAGAGAGAGAGAGAGAGAGAGAGAGAGAGAGAGAAGGUGGCUGGGUUAGGUUAGGUUAGUUUUUCGUUUGUUUUCCUUUUUUUGUCUUUCUCUUCCUCUCUUUAU